CUGAUGCAAAUGUAAGUCCCACAGAUUCUUAGAAACCUACCCACUCGAACACAAUCGAGUAGAAAGAAAUAGAUGACUACUUGAAGAGUUGAACCAGUCAUAUGGCCUCAGCAGAUUUACCAGACCCCAAGAUGGAUGUAGAUGAUGAUUAUGACAGCGAGGACGACGACGAGGAUGAUGACUUUAACUUGAUCCAGCCAUCACUGUUCCAACAAAUAAAAACAAUACUCGAUCAGUAUCCAGAUGAUGGACAAAUAUUGAAGGAGCUCAUUCAAAAUGCUGAAGAUGCACGUGCAAGCCACGUGAAGUUUCUUUACGACAAACAUAUUUAUAACGCUCGAGAAGAGAAGCUUUAUAGCAAAGGGCUCAAUCAGUUUCAGGGGCCUGCACUUUAUGCAUACAAUAAUGCAAAGUUCACUAAAGACGACUGGAGAGGCAUACGAAUGCUUAGCGACAGCGUCAAAGUCAAGGACCCAAUGAAAGUUGGUCGGUUUGGCCUGGGUUUCAAGUCUGUAUUUCAUCUGACAGAUUUACCAAGUAUUCUGAGCGGCACAAAAAUCGGUUUUAUCGAUCCCCACGAAAACCACUUUAAUAAAGGACCAAGAGAAAGGAGAACGGGAUACCGUUGGCACCUACGCAAAAAUCGUGAAGAUAUGAACGGAAUACCUGAUCAGUUUCUUCCCUACAAAGGAAUAUUUGAUUGCACCGAAGAAGUCUUUUCUGAGGGACGCUACCGAGGAACGUUAUUCCGCUUUCCGUUGCGUACCGAGCCAUCUGAGCUGUCCCAAACAUUGUACUCUGACGAAAGGGUAGACCGUCUGUUUAAGAGUUUUUGCACCGAUUCACACCUUGUGCUUCUGUUUCUUCAACAAUUGGAAUCUGUGGAGCUUUUCGUCCGAGAGGAGUCAGAAUCAGAGCCGAGAAAAAUAUUCCACGUUCAAAUCAGUCGUGAAAGUCUUGCAUUCGUUCGUGAGAAGAGAAAAGUGUUCUACAACGCGAUUACACCUGGUAAGCGUAUGGCAGAACCUGCGACAGUGACUUAUCCAAUAACAAUAGUAGUACAAUCUUCGGAUGGAAACACACAACGUCAUUCUUUUCUCGUGACAAGUUUCUGCAGCGGAGGAGGGGUCUCGUCCAAGUUUAAAAAGCUUCUGACAGACAAAGAGCUAUGUUAUCUACCUUCAGUCGGCGUAGCAAUGGCAAUUCCUUCAGCGUCCACUUCAGAAACGCCUGACAUCCAAGGCCACGUAUUUUGCGCCCUCCCUUUGCCGUUACAGAAAAAGAGCUUAACUGGUCUUCCUGUGCAUGUUAAUGGAUUUUUUUCAUUAAGUCAGAACAGACGACAUAUUAAGACACCAAAUGCAGAUCAAGAGGAUCGAGAGAAACAAACCGACAAGUCUUUGUUAUGGAACACCUGCCUUAUGGAAGAAGUUCUACCUCAAGCGUACUCCACAUUGAUAAAGGAGGCCACUAAUCAAAGGGGCUAUAAUGUUCCACCAGAUGCAAUCUACAGGGCUUGGCCAAAUUGCGACAACGUGGAACCACCUUGGAAAAGACUCCAGAAUCCCUUUUUCCAAUCAUUGAUUACUGAAAAAGUAAUAUACACUCAUGCCAGAGGGGGGCACUGGCUGAGGGUUGAUGAAGCUAUACUUAACCGAAUUAAAGAAGAGGGAAUGAGAGAGUUGAUCGUGCGGAUUCUUCUUCUAGCAAAUCGGAAUGUUGCCUCUCUGCCUGACCACGUAUUAAGUGCCAUAGACCGGUAUGCAGCUUUCUCUUCAGAAGUCACACCCUCCUUGAUGCGCAGAAUCUUAAAGGAAAUCCCUGCUUGCUACGAAAGUCUCAGUUGCAAGGAAAAGUUGUGCCUUUUAAGCUUUGUCCUCGAAGAUGACAACUUUCAAGAGUUGGUUGGCCUUAAGCUCUUGCCCGUGUCUGACAGGACCUUCAAAUCCUUUACAGCCUCGAGCGAAGCAGUUUUCAUCGCCUCGCCAGAGCAUUCCCAAGAGCUAGUGCCUGGGCUAAAGGGCAGAUUUCUUGAUCAAGAUGUUGAUGACACAAUUUUGGGAAAACUUAAAGCUGCAGCUGAAAACGGAUGCACUCAGUUACGACUUCUUCGCAAAGAGAAUGUACCCUCUCUAAUAAGGGAAGCCCUACCUCAAGAAUUGUUGUCUAGUGAAAAGGUUCUGUGGUACCCCGACGGUCAAAAGUAUGGACAUCCCCACAGAGAUUGGCUCAGUGGUGUAUGGCGCUACAUAAGAGAAAACUAUUCAACAAGGGAUGAACUCGCCAGCCUUGGUGCAUACAAGCUCCCUUUGAUUCCUGUAGAUCUCCACCAAGUCCCUGUCACCUUAUUUUCACUGAUGAAAGCGUCUAAAGUUGUGGCAAAAAGCCUCAACGAUGACCACCUUGAUGGUGCUGUGGUAACCGCUUUGAUAGAGUUGGGUGUGGUGGUUAUGCGCGAGUGUCCUAUAAAUUUCCAUCCGGAGUUAACAAGGACAUUUGUCCACCCGCCUUCGAUCUCAGGCGUCCUACAAGCCAUGAUAGUUUCUUCCUCUUUGUUGGGCGAGGGAAUAUUCUCUGCUAUCAUGCUAGGCAAGGUUAAUGAUGCGUCUAAACGCUCCUUUAGGAAAUUCAUCACGAAAGUUUCAUCAUUUCAGAGUAAAGAAAAGAAACUUAUUUCUAGUCUUCCAAUUUUUGAGACUCUCUCUAAGAAGUUUGUGGCAAAGAAUGAUUACCUUUGUGCAGCACCAGAGGAAAUGCCUCCGAUUACUUCUCAAAGAGAGCUCAUUAACAUCAAAGAGGAAGAUUCAAAGAAGCUAGCGCGACUGCUUGACGUCAGAAUUUUAACAAUGACUGAGUUGCUUUGUGAAAAUAUUCUUCCUGACAUCAACCACGGGCAUUACUCGGGAGAGGAGAUUGACGGCCUAAUGUCGUUUGUUAUGGAGCAAUAUAAAUUUCUUGUAAGGAAGGAUAGCAAUUUUGAAGCAAAGAUGAAAGAGUUACAUUUUGUGCCCAACAACACUAGACGAGUGAAAGCCUCGGACCUGUUUGAUCCCCAGAGUGAGCUGACAAAGGCCCUUUUUGCUGAUGAAGACGUUUUUCCAAUAAGAAGCCAAUAUACUGACCCAUCAGUCCUCGCAGUUCUAAAGGAAAUUGGCAUGAGAAACGAUGAAACGAUCACCGCCAAAGACCUUUACCAGAGUGCCGUAAAGAUCGAGAACCACACAAGCAUUUCAACAGCAAAGAAAAAGUCUCACGCACUUAUGGAAUAUUUGAGCAAAAAUCCACUAAUACUCGAGAAUGCACUUUCUGGUAAAACACUGGGUUCUCUGCUUGAAGGUAUUUCGUGGGUGACAGCACUGGAAGAAAAGCCCAGUGAUUUUCCUAAAUGCGUUCCUUUUUGGGGUAAAGCUAAUAGUGGAAUGUUAUGCAGGCCGAAGGACGUCAAGGGUAGGGAUCAUCUCAACCUCAUUGGCUCAGUACAACCCAUCAUUGAAGUAGACCAGUCAAGUCAGCUAUCCACCUACUUUGGCUGGAACGAGGAACCACCAGUAUCUAAAGUCGUUAAUCACUUAGAAACUGUCAUCAGCCACUAUAACAAAGAAGAAAGACCGCGAUUCAGUUUGCUUGCCAAAGAAAUUUAUGAAUUUCUGAUUAAGGAGAACAGGAGUGAUGUCGUGGAAGCAAUAAAGGGUUUGAAAGACACUGGUUGGAUUUGGAAUGGCGACGGAUUCUCCUGUCCUAACGCUGUCGUCCUGAACAACCAUUCCAUUGAUCUGUCACCGUACAUUUCUGUUCUUCCUUCAGAGAUGUCCAUGUACUCUCAUCUGUUCAGCUCUUUUGGCAUUCACAAAGACUGCAGUGAGCAGUUGAUGCUUAAUGUUCUUCCCAUGAUUAAACAAAAGUACGACCAGGGUCCCUAUGAAACAUCAGACGUGAAAAAAGAUCUGGCUUUAUGCAUUUCCAUCCUAAUUGAAUUGAAGCCAGAUAGUAAUCGACAAUUAUCCCCUGAAGUUCAAGAGAAAAUUCUUUUGCCAACCUACGUAAAAGGAGAUACACGUGUUAACCUUGCACCAGUAGAAAACUGCAUGUAUGGUGAACAUGACGGAUUAGAAGCAGAGAAUGAGGAUGACGAGAUGAAAUUUUUGCUGGUGCAUCCAAACAUCCCUGAAGGAAUAGCAGAGCUUUUUAAUGUUCGAAGCCUCAGCAACUGCCUGUUAGAUCCAGACGAACUCGCGUUGGGGGAAGAGUUCGGACAGGAGGAGAAGCUUACUCGAAGGCUAAACAGACUGUUGGAGGAAUACACCGAUGGAUUCGCAGUACCCAAAGAGCUUAUUCAGAAUGCAGAUGAUGCUGGCGCCACAGAAGUUUGCUUUUUGUAUGAUGAGCGAACUAACGAGGAUGCGAUAACCGGCCUGAUUGACGAAGGAAUGAAACAUUGUCAGGGUCCAGCACUGUGGGUGCACAAUGAUGCCGAGUUUAAGGACAAGGAUUUUGAGAACAUAACAAAAUUGAAUGGGGCAACGAAAGAGAACGAUACUGAGAAGAUUGGAAAAUUCGGACUUGGUUUCAAUGCAGUUUACAACUUGACGGAUGUUCCCAUGUUUGUGAGCCGAAAUCAUUUUGUAAUUCUUGAUCCCAACACGUUCUAUCUGGGGAAACAGAUCAGGAACAAAGCUAAACCAGGAAUUAAGCUUGAUACCAACAAAAAUACAAAGAAGCUGCGAAAGUUUCGAAACCAAUUCAAGCCAUUCAAUGGUAUCUUUGGUUGUGAUCUUCAUCUAAACCAAGACGACAACUCUUACAAAGGGACGCUAUUUCGCUUUCCCCUACGAACUGAACAUCAGGCUAUACAAAGUGAAAUAAAGAAACUUGUUUACAACCGGGAGCAAGUUCAGGAGCUUUUGAAACGCGUCAUUCAGGGAGCCGAAGCAUUGCUUCUGUUUACUCAGAAUGUUCGUCAAGUCAGCAUCUUCCACUUACCUAAUGAUUUAACUGAGCAGUUACAGCCCAAGAAGAUAUUUGAGGUCACCAAAUCAUUAUCACAGGCUGGGGUAAGUCGGGAACUGCCUUAUACAAUUACUCUUCCAACUACUGCUACGAAGCUGAGCAAAGAAGAUCAGUACUUAUUGAAACAGUGUAAUUUUCUGCGAGCAUCAUCUGAAGUCAGCAAUCCCAACCGUGGAAACAGCGAGUCCGCUCCAGCUCUUCUUAGUUCUGCGCUCACACUGAAGAUCAAGAGCACCGUAUCAGAAUACUGUGGCAGGUUCUUGGAAUGUAGCGUUUUGGGUAAUGAUGACACUUGGCUUGUCGUCUCAUCUAUGGGCAAAGGUGAAGCAAUGCAAUUUUCAAAGAAAGACAGGAGUCUUCUUGCAUCAGCUGGGGUUGGUGUUAAGUUCUCAACUCAAGAUUCUCUGAUUCCAGUACCUGUUUCCGAUGAAACCAAAGGUUCGAAGGCAAAUGCCAGUGUUUUUUGUUAUCUUCCACUUCCAAUUUGUAGUGGACUACCUGUACACAUAAAUGGAACGUUUGCAGUUUCUUCAAACAGACGAAACUUGCUGGUGAAAACCGAAGAUGAUAAGGCUAGCCUUGGACAAGAGUGGAAUGAAGUACUUUUGAAAGAUUGCGUUUGCACUGCGUAUUUUGACCUUCUUGAAGACUUAAAGUCUGUUUCAAAGUUCCCAAACAACUCAUACCAAUACCACACACUGUGGCCAAAAUGCGAUGAAGUAAUUUCAACCUGUGAGGCCCUUGCACGUUCAUUCUAUGAAGAUCUUUUAUUUGGAAAUAAAGCUGUCUUUUCAGAUGGCAAGAGUUGGUUGGCCAUCAGUGAAACUGUCUUCCUAACUCCAGACCUACGUGAGGAUUCUCAAAUAGGAGACCUAUGCUUCAAAGUGCUCAAAUUGUUGGUUCAAGAUAAUGGAGCUGUAAUUGAUCUACCCAGAAAUGUGUUUGACUCAUUUAAGAAGUAUGGUCUUGAAGAAAAAAUCCACUCCCGAAGCUAUGAUGAGAGAAGGUUCUUCUUGGAAUUGUUCUUCCCAAAGAUUGGUGUGGUGCCCCCUGACCUGAGGGACAACCUGGUCUUGUAUGCCAUCGAUACUCAAAGAAAGGAGUUCAGCGAUACAAUCAAAGCCUACGCUUGCAUUUCAGUAUCACCAGAUCGUCAUAAGCUAAAAUGCCCCUCUCAGCUUAUUCAUCCAAAUAGAUCUGCUGCAAUUCUAUUUUCCCCCGAAGAUGAAAGGUUUCCAGAAGAAGCAUUCAGGCACCCUCUUCACCUUCAUCAACUGGAGCAGCUAGGAAUGUUGACAGACGAUCUUCCGUGGUCUGAACUUGUAGAAAGGGCAGAAUCUGUCCUCAGUCUGAGCCAAACUUGUAGCAAGGCUGCAUUGGAGAGGGUAAAAUUGCUUAUAGAGUUUCUUGAAAAAAAGUGUAAAGAUGAUGCAAAUUGCCUUCCCUCGACCACAGAGAAACAACGCCUUUUAAGAACUAAAUUUCUCCCAGUUCUUGCGAAGCCUGAGACGUUCCCCCUGACAUGGAAAGGCGAUGAAAUGAUUCACGGGAAUGAAAUUGCAUUGAUAUCACCAACUCAAGGCUUUUUAAGGAAAAGCUUGUACCUCGCGUGCUCUUCUGCACCAAUCAUAGACGCUACUAUGUUACCAAACGUGGAACGAUUACUGCAGUUCCAUAACCGAGAGGUCACAACGACGCAAGUUAUAAUCCAGUUAAAUGAGGCCAUCUCCUCUAAAUGUGAAGUCUGUGGAAUGAAAGAUGUGAUAAACGUUUGUAAUGCAUGUUACAGCUUCCUUCAAGAUGUCCUUCCCAUCCAUACAGAUCAGAUAGUCAAGUUUUUUGAAGGAAGAAACUUCGUUCUUGUUGAAAACGGGUUUGUGCGUGGAAAUCAAGUUUCGUUGUCACUACCUGUUGACUGUUCUCCCUAUUUGUACAGGAUCCCUGAGGAAUUGGUCAGGUACUCAAGGCUCAUGAAAGAAGUUGGAAUAAGAGAUCAGUUUCAGGUGGAAGAUUUCAUAUCUGCACUUCGACAGAUCAAGCAGGACUUUGGAGAGCAAAAGGUAGAUAGUAGCACUUUGAUUGUUGUAUGCAACCUGGCAACUCAACUAAGAGAAGCGCUGAAAACUACCGGAGCUCAUUUCACACUAGAACAAAAGAGGAGUUCCAUUUAUCUUCCCAACCAGAAGGGAGAAAUGCGACCUGUAAGUGAGCUGUGCAUCAAGGACUGCCCAUGGAUUCCCGGCGGCCCUGGUUUCCAGUUUGCCCAUUCAGAUAUUCCAUGGCCAACAAGUCUCGCAUUGGGGGUCAAAACACUCAAACAAGAGGCAGUAGGAGAUCAUGCCUUUGGAAUUUCAUUUGGACAAAAGGAGAAACUGACGACUCGUCUAAAGAGGAUUCUCACAGUCUAUCCUUGUGGAAAAGGACUUUUGAAAGAACUAGUCCAGAAUGCAGACGACGCACAAGCAACUGAGAUAUGUUUUAUAAAGGACCCCCGUAAUCAUCCAAGGAAGCAAUUAUUUGAUGAAAGUUGGGAACCGUUUCAAGGACCAGCUCUGUGCGUAUACAACAACAAGCCGUUCACUCAUUCUGAUAUUGAGGGCAUACAAAACCUCGGGGAGGGUAAUAAAGGAGGUGAUCCACACAAAACAGGCCAGUAUGGCGUGGGUUUCAACGCUGUCUACCACCUGACUGACAUCCCCUCAUUUAUGUCGAAAAGUGACGACAUUGAUGUUUUGUGUGUAUUUGAUCCAAAUUGUCAUUACGUUCCUGGCGCUACUGCUCAAGAACCAGGGCGAAUGUACACAGAAACCUCGAAGUUGAAGGAAUACUUUCCAGAUGUGUUUCACUGUUAUCUUGAAGAAAAGUUUCCCAUUGAAAAUUCAACCAUGUUCAGAUUUCCCCUACGAACUCAAGAAAUGGCUAAUAGGUCGGAUUUGUCAUCUAAUCCAUUUACGCUGGAGGCUUUGAAUGAAAUGAUGGAGGCUCUCAAGGAAGAGCUCUUUGAAGUUCUAGUUUUUGUUAGCAGUGUGAAGAAAAUAACGUUAUGUGACAUAGAUGAGGAAACUGGCAAUGUAACUAACUGCUACUCAGUGGAAGCAGUCAUUUCCGAGAACGAUGCAGCUAAGAGAGAGCGGUUUGCUAACCAUGGCAAACAGGUUGGGAAGUCGAUAUGGCAGAGAGAUGACGUCUCGUUCGGCAACGUUGGGGUGGAGAAGUGCAGCUACGUCCUCCUCCUAAGGGACAGCCUCGGAAAUGAGGAAAAGUGGUUAAUUGUUCAGCAAAUGGGUUUUGAGCAAGAAGUUAAAACGAGCAUAGUCGAUGCCUUUCGAAAUCGUAAUCUUGGAAUGCUUCCGCGAGGUGGCUGUGCUUGUCUCAUAGAAACCGAGUCCAUGAAACCUAAAAAGAGGAAAAAGAGAGCUUAUUGCUUUCUUCCACUUCCAUUGGAAACAGAUCUCCCUGUCCACAUUAAUGGUCAUUUUGCAUUGAACCACGAGGCUAGAAGAAACUUGUGGAGAGAUGAGGACGGUGGUUAUCGUAGUGACUGGAACAACGCUUUGCUGAGCGAUGUCAUAGCUUCGUGCUACUUAACACUUCUGGACGAGAUUAGGGGUUUCCUUCACCUUCCAACUUCCCCGGCGAGUUCAACGUUUAGUCUGAGCUGUAGUAAAGAUGAAUUGACUCAGAAGGUGAACAGUUACGAGAAGCUGUUUCCUCAUACCUCUACCAUUCCAUACUGGGCUAUGCUGAUCAGCGCUGUGUAUCAAGGAAUGAAUACAAAAAGAUUACGCUAUCUUCCAGUGGUAAGAGAUGCUCCAAAUGGCAGCCUUAACAGUUUCAAACUUACUUGGUUUCCUCCAUGUGGCACUGGAAGUGAUAAAGCCUAUUUUAAUGACAUCCACAUCAAGGGAUGUUAUUCUUCUCCGCCAAGUGAAGAAGAGAAUGAAGUCCUAGAGAAACUCCGUGCUAUCCAGAGAGCCUCAUUCAAGUUAAUACUGCUUCAAACAGGCUUUAAUCUUUUGCAAUUUUCUUUGAAAAUUUUAGAAGCGUUUGAGCAUUCUAAGGUUAAAUGCUACCGUAUAUCCCCUUCCUCUGUCACAGAGUUCUAUAAGACAUCGCUUACCAAUGUAACAUCUUUACCUAUUGACGUUACAAAGACUCCAUUCAAGAACAGCGAAGGUGUGACGCUAACGUUAAGGUAUUGCAAGGACUUCAGUGAUUUCUUGGAUCAUCUUCCUGGCCUACCAUUAUUACUUACGCAAGACAACUCCCUCCGCGUAUUUAGCACAGACGAUCGCAAGUACCUUUCCCACUAUCACGACAUUUUGCCACAGUCCAAGGACAUGUUCGUCCAUAAGCAACUUUUGUGCGAUAUUUUUCCUGAUUGCAAUCGGAUGAUUCAGGAGGCAUCUGUAUUCAUGACCUUUGAUGUCCAUGGUUUUUCAAUGCACUUGCAAGGAACACACUCGCUGCAACAUUUGGGAGCAUGUGAAAUCAAUAUAUGGUCCCCAGGACACCCUAGGGAGCCAAAUCAUCGUUGGAUUUGUAGAGUGUGGAGCUUUUUGGCUGAGUUCUGGAAAAGCACCAAGCACAACGUGGAUAGUUUUAUCAUGCCCUUGUCUAACUGGAGCAUUAUCCCUGCAACUGAGCAAGUUGUUUUAUCAAAAGGCGAGGACGCAGAAGUCCAAGAUAUGAGCAAACGACAUGUCCUUGUUCCAGUUCAUCAAGCAAAAUGUGUUCUGGCAUUCACAAAAAGUGAUCAGCAGCAAAGGGCACCUUUAGUAAAAGCUAUCAGAGCGGUAGGUCUUCUUGAGUUAAACUCAUCUGUCUUCUUUCCCUUAAACAAGCCUCCCCCACAGUUUUCAGAUUCAUUCAUCUUAGCCAGGAGUGUUGUAGGGUCUCUGGAGAACCCAGCAUCACUUCUUGCAUCUCUUCAUCACAAAUUGAGCUCGAACCAAUGUUUUCAAAUAAAAACACUAGAACGUGGUGACUGUCUAUCGAUCUUGCGGUAUUUCAACGACAGAGUACAAAGCAAUCUGCUCCUUCAGACGUCCAUGCUACGAAGGCUUCCCUUUUAUCCGUCAAUAACUGGUGACAUGAUCAGCCUUGCAGAUAAACAAGCUACAGUCCUCUCAUCUGAAAUACGACAAAUGGGUUUGGAUACCGUUCGCAAAGAAGACGAUAUAGUGUUUCUGGAGGAAGUUCCAGAGCUAUCGGAAUUGUACCGUUUUUUGGCAUUUGAUUGUCCUGGACCUGUAGAUGUCUAUCGUGCGUUUGUGCUGCCAAAUUUCAGUAUGCUUAGCAAAGAGGCAAGACAGACUCAUCUUGAGUAUAUUAAAGACAAGUUGCUACCAGGUGCGUCAGAAAGCAAUGGGGACAAACAGAAGCUAUUGGAAAGCCUGAAAACCGCAGCAGUGAUUACCACACAAUUAGGAGAGCUGGAAAAGGCAUCAUUCUUCUACGAUCCGCUCAAUAAGGUUUUCAAGGUCAUGCUUCCAGAGCAUAAGUUUCCACCCGAGCCGUUGAAAUCCACAGCAUGGUUAAAAUUUUUGAAAAAAAUUGGCUUGAAAUAUCAAGUUUGCCCAGAUGAAUUCAAAAGAUUUGCUACGAAAGUUGCAUGUGACGCAGCAAAACAGCGCUCUACGGAGACAGAUGAACAGUCAAAACUGUUGGUAUCUGAAUUGCUUAGUCGCUCCGAUUCUCUGGGUGAGGGGCUUUUAGAAGCUGUUCGCAAUAUUGAGUUUGUGAUGUUAGAUCCAGUCUGUAGUAAGCUUCAGGCUUUGCACAAGCAACAUGGGCAAAGAGAAGAUGGAACACUUCCAUACAUUGCAUUUCAGAACACUGUUAUUUCUGAUCAUACUGAGUGUGUUUGGACAUCUGCUCACACCCUCCCAAAAUGGGCACACCCACAAGAUCAAUCAGAUUUGACGGUUCCUUCCCGGAUGUCCAGAGUACAAUUCUGCGUCAAUAUUCUCGAGCAUCUCAAAGUCCUAUCAGAGCCAACCUUGGAGACAGUUAUAUCUCACUGUCGCAAUAUUUCCUAUCGACUUAUGGACGAAAAUGGCAACAAAGUCCCAGAGGAGCAGUGCAGCAUAAGGAAGUCCGUCAUGAAAAAAAUCUACAAAUUUUUCCAAGAGAGGGUCAUCUUAAGGAAGGAGGUAAUAGCAGACCUGCAAAACGUCCCUUGCAUUGUGGUAGAAGGGGGAGCACGCUUUGUCAGAGCUGAGCACGUAGUCCUGGAAAUGUCUGAGAGCCUUGAAAUAAAACCGUUUCUUUAUCGAGUACCGCCUGAUCUUGGAGAGUUUCAUAACCUGUUUCAUCAUCUGGGCUGCUCCAAAUUUGCCACAAUGUCACACUACGCCAUGGUUUUGGAAAUGCUACAGAAGCAGAGUCAAGGUAAUAAACUGCAUCCCAACGAAAUCAAUAGCGCGUUAGGCGCUCUACGAGGACUACUGGAAGGCCUGGAACAGGAUACAAUUACAGACAUGAGCAUCAAACAACUCUACUUACCAGCAAUGUAUCUAACUAACAGCCAAACAGAUUCACCUCAAGUUUCUCUGCACAAGUCAUCUGAUUUGCUAUUUCAUGACUCGCCUCAUUUUUAUCCUCGGCUAGAAAAAUUCCAUGAGCUAUUUGUUGUUGACGUAAGCAAGGUAGGGGUAAAAAGUUGCUCAUCUGUAAACUACAAAGACCUUCUUAUGCGCCUUCCCCCUGCUGUUCGACCCCAGAUGCUAUCUCAAGUGGUUACGGAAGUACUUGCUGACUCUUCAGAAGGAAGUGAAUUUGUAGUAAAGCUUUGCAUUGUAGACUCAUUGAAAAGGAAACUGUGCUCGGAACAAUUCUUUCGAGGAAUUGCGCGGCUUAUUCGACAUAAGAACCAAGAAAAUGAAAUUCUUGAUGAAAAUGUUUUCGCUUCUAUAAAAGACAGACUAAGAAGCAUCGAGUUCCUUGGACUAAACAGAAUUGAAACAAAACUGGUCUACCAAGGUGAUCACAUUCCUGACAGCGAACGCGAGAUUUCGCACUUCGUAAACAAGGUUUCAGCACCAGCUGGCGAAAGCACUUGGAAGGUCUAUGUUAGACCUGAUGUAGAUGAAAACCUCUCCAAAUUACAUUUGGCCGUGGUUCAAGUGAUUUCUGAAGUAUGUGAAGGAUUGCUGGGAGAAGCAGUGAUGUUUAUUCAAGAGAUGUUAAGCAUCCAUCCCAGUCAGAUUUGGUCCAUGUUAGAUGAGGAGAACAUUAGGCAAGACGAUUCAUACGGGUCAAGGAGUAAUCCUCUACCACUUCCGGGGAGUUUCAUCCCAAUAGAGGACCACCAUCUGUUGAACGAAGAUUUUGAGGAAAUCACACCAGGAGAGUAUGUUGGAUAUGAAUUAGAGGAUCCGAGUAUGCAACAGAAGGGAGGGGAUGCAACUUUCAUUUAUGCCGUGAUAGUAGAAGAUGUAAAUGCUCACGAAGAUGCAAGCCUCCUCUCAAAGUUUUACAAGGUCAACAUAGGCGACGACAAAGAACCGCAAGAGGUCGAGUUUGCAGACUUGUACAAAUUUCAUCGUCUCCAAUCUUCUCCACUGGACUUGGCCGAUGGGCUGAAGAAGAAAGGUAACACAAAGGACAAAGAGAUGAUUUUUCAGCAGAUUACAGAGAUCCUGGUGGAUGCAUGGCGACUACCUGAAAAAAGGCGUAGGAAAAUUGUCAAACGACUUUUUCUUAGGUGGCAUCCGGAAAAAAAUACUGGAGACGAAUCGUUGUGCGACGAGGUUUUACAGCACAUCCACAAAGAGACAGCAAGGUUAGAAAGAAGUCAUGGCGACGAAAAAGAUAGCCAAAACUUUUACGAGCCGUUCUUUGAUUUCUGGAGAGUACGGGCCAAGCGUCAACAUACUCAUCGCGAAAGAUACAGAACAAACUUUCAACGAAUGUACGGCUCCUAUGAUGAGGCCUUUAAGAGCGAUUCAUCUUCUGGUGUUCCCCCAAGUUUUUGCUCGAAAAAUCCUCAGCCUUGUGAGGCAAGGCGAUGGCUCAGACAAGCCGAAGCUGAUUUGAGAGCCGCCAGCAAUGACUUAUCCACUGGAAACCCAUCUUAUGAGUGGGCGUGCUUCAAAUGUCACCAGAGCGCCGAGAAGGCUCUGAAAGCAGUGCAAUUUGCUGAUGAUGCAUUCAAGACAAAUCGUCAUAAUCUCACACUAAAUGCCUCACAACUAGACGAUUCCGAACUUUUGGAACUUGCAACCCAGCUGGAGCAUCAAUUGGUGGACUCAACACACAUGCGUUAUCCGGAUCGAAUGCCGUAUCCUCAGAUUCCAAAUGAUGUAUAUUCGGCCGAGAAAGCCCGUGAGGGCCUGAGACUAGCAGGAGAAAUUCUACAGAGAGUUCGCAAUUUGGUACCAAAUUAGAUGUUAAAGACGUGCUAUUUUCAGAAGUACAGUAGGGAUACCUUUGGUAUGAAUAAGCCUUUAUAGGUUUUAAUUCAAACUGCUAUGAAAAAUGGUUUUAUUCAGCAUUUAUUUACAAUUUAUUUUGUAUUAAUCCAUAUUAAACGAGUUUAAACACAGCGAUACUUUUUUAAUAAACGGUAAUUAUGACGAGGCCACAUAGGUAAAAAUAUAUGAGAAAUUGAUUAUUCCUAUCUCAGGUAGUAACCUUGAAUUGUUACGCCACGAAAGUAAGUCUUACAUGGCGGUAGUUUAAACUUUCUAUGUUUUUUUUUUGUUUGUUUGUUCGUUUUUACAGUGCUUAACUGAUGGUAAAGCUAUGGCAGAAGGCUUUCUUUCAGACGAAAUUAAGACAUGAACUUCACAACAACGUUAAGCAGUAUCCGUUAAAAAUCAGUUUUUCUGUCCUUUGACGAGCAUGAUCAUAUUCUUGUUAUGAAUACCAGUGUUAAUAGAUAUUGUUCAAUCACCAUGCAAUUCAAUAUAUAAUUGAUUACUUUAAUUGCUAUUUUUCAUGUGUACAUGACUGUACCAGUUUAAAGAAUAAGAGUUAUUUUAAAAUUACUUACUACAAGAUGUCAAAUGUGUGGAGUUUAUGGGUUUAAUCUACAAGUAAAACCCCACGAGAGUGAUUGACAUCUAAUUUCUCAUAGAUGUUGUCAAAAAAGUACGCACAAUUGAAAGUAAUUGUUUGCCUCUUUGCUUUUUUUCAUGUCUGCAUGUAUAGUAAUUAAGUGUAAAGUAAUAAAAGUGUCUUGUUUAAUAUUACCUACUGCAUUAAAACAGAUGUGUGGAGUUUAUGAUUCAA